AUGUUUGCUCUUUUUCAUUUCAGAAAACAUGCCCUGCAAUGCCAUCCAAUGCGGCAAGCCUUGUUCGAUGUGCUAUGUGAAGUUAAGGAAAAAACUGAAAUGUCAACUACUUCAGCUCUGCAAAUACGAGCCGGCACUGAUGACCAACCGGAGGAUCCGCAAUUGAUGCGGUUGGAUAACAUGCUGGUGGCUGAAGGAGUGGCAGGACCAGACAAGGGAGCUCCACUUUCGGGCGAUGCCUCCGGUGGAGAUCAGGCUGAUUAUCGUCAAAAGCUUGGCCAGAUUCGUCUUGUAUAUAAUCAGGAGCUACAGAAAUACGAAGAGGCAUGCUCAGAGUUUACCCAACAUGUAAUGUCUCUCCUGAAAGAUCAGUCUCGAGUUCGGCCGAUCAGUCAAAAGGAAAUCGAGCGAAUGGUGUCAAUAAUCCAGAAGAAAUUCAGCGGAAUUCAAGUCCAGCUUAAGCAGUCCACUUGUGAGGCAGUUAUGAUUUUGAGAAGUCGCUUCUUGGAUGCCAGGCGUAAACGUCGUAAUUUCUCUAAACAAGCUACGGAAGUUUUGAAUGAAUAUUUCUAUUCGCAUUUGAGCAAUCCGUACCCGUCGGAGGAGGCCAAAGAGGAACUCGCUCGGCAGUGUAACAUUACAGUGUCUCAGGUGUCAAACUGGUUCGGUAAUAAGAGAAUUCGCUAUAAGAAAAACAUCGCUAAGGCACAAGAAGAGGCGAAUAUGUACGCUGCAAAGAAGGCUGCAGCCCAUGGCCUUGGAGGUCUUCCUGGAGCAAAUUAUGGCAUGCUAGCAGGGUCAUCAUCGAUGCUCAAUCCCUACCAAGGAAUGUUGCCAGGUCAAGAUCUAACCCAUAUGGGAAUGCCACCCGGCUUUGAUCUCUCUGCUUAUAAUCCUCAAUUAGUGAGUUCAAGCUCUUUGAGUUUUUCAAAUGGCACAAUAUCAAGCGAACCUGGAUAG